UCUUUUCCAUCUUGUCAGUCGUCGGGAAUAGAUAUUUUCAAACAAUGGCGGAUACUUCGUCUCACCUGAAUUGGUUGAUCAUCCGUGAUCACAAUGCAUUCCUGUUGAAGCAGCGCAACAUCAGGAAACCAUUCAGCACGGAGCCAAACAACCUGACCAACCUGAGCUCGUACCGUUACAGCGGAUUGGUCCACAAGAAGACACUGAGUGUUGUUCCCGCCGAUAAGGGAAUCAGUCUCGUCUACAAGCGGCCAAAGCAGCACAACAAGCCGGCCAAGUCUACCGUGAAGGUAACGCUGAAGCAUCGUCCACGUCGCACUCUGAAGAAGAUCAAGAACAUCAUCAAUGGCAACCGCUACCGGCGGGAUCUGCGCCAGGCUGCUCUGCGUCGCGCCAGCGCCAUUCUGCGAUCUCAGCGACCGGCCACGACGAAGAAGGCCAAAGCUGGUGCCGCUGCUUCCGGAAGCACGACCGCUGCUGCCCCGAAAAAGGCCGAAUAAGCAAAUAAUCGGGCCGAAUUGAUGGGGUUUGGACUGCGGACGGGCGGUGGAAUACGAUAAGUGAACUUUGUCAUAUAUUCUGUGAGUAGGUGACGAUGAAAAAAUAUAAGUUUGAUGAAACUGU